GAGCCCGACGUCACGCGCGUCACGCGCGUCACGCGAAGGGUCCGCCUCGAGGAAAGCUUGUCUGCCACCGUGCCCGAGGACAACCCCGUCAUGGCGUCUUUGGUGGAAGGCUCCCAGCGCUCCUGGACUGGCAGCGGGUGGCCGGUACAUCCGGGUGCCUCCCACUACGAUGCUUCCGACGGCGUGCUUCGCCUCCAGCACAAAGAGUCGGACUUUUGCACGUUCAGCGAUGCAACUGGUGACCCCGAGGGCAGCACUUUGCAGCGCUUCCCUGUUCCGGUCCCUUGGGAAAGCGAGCUGCCGGAGCGUGUGCAGCAAUACCUCUCCAGCCCCUGGCGGGCCGCCGACAUGCCGCUGGCGGAUUUCCUGCGGAGGACGAACCGGAAGGGGGCCAUCCACCAAGCCUUGCGCAAGCGCUACAACGACAUGGUGGGGAGGCCUGGCACCGCGGAACCGCUCGAGUCCCUCGAGGUUUGGUCCAACAACGCCCCGCUCUGUGGCGACGUGGCCGUGGCCGCCAUCUACCUUUCCCGCUACAGCGAUCGCUACUACGGGCAGUGGGUUCUCAUGAACGUGCCUUUUCGAAGCUUGGAGGAGCUGUACCGCCCCGAGCUCGACUUGGUCCCGUCGCACCUCUACUAUCAGACGCUGGCAUUCCUGUUGCGACCUCAACACUGGACGAGCGAGGAAGCCAUUCGUGCAGAGCUCGAGCUGGAGGCAUUCCGCGAGCACCACGUGCGCAACAUCGUGGCCAUGCUCUUUGCCAACCAAGGCUUGAUUCGCAGGUACCUCUCCGGCGAGCUCGACAAGAAUGAGGACGUCCCGAGUCCUGAAGCUGCGGCGCAGUCCUUCGGCGGCGGCGCCCGCGUCCGGCUAUCCGUCCAGCAGCGUCGUAUCGCCGACGAGCUUGUGGACAGUGCGCAAGAGGGCAUGCGCCGGCGACAGCAGCGCGAGGAUGCCUGGAGAGGAGAGGGCUGGGACUCCCCAGACCCUGCCGAUGCAGCGGCGGCGAAUCCGGCCUGGGCAGCUGACCCUUCUCCUUUCGCAGGUGUGGUGGAUGCCCGCACGCCCUUUGCUGUGCUCGGGCCGGCUGGAAGUGGCAAGACGACGGCGGUGCACGACGCCAUACAACGGGUCUCUGCAGCGGGUGGCCGCAUCCUGCUCACUGCCCCGACGGGUCGUUUGGCAGCCGCUCUGCGCGAGCGCUUCCCGGAUCUGGAGGUCGACACCGUGCAUGGCGCCUUCCUCGUGCACAAGCCUGCGCAGGAGGCCUUGGAAGUGCUGUGGCCUUACGACCUGAUCGUGGUUGAAGAAGUUGGCCAACUUUCUCGUACCAUCUUCGAGCGUAUCCUAGAGCAGUGGCAAGCGACCGAUCAAAUUCCCACUUUGGUGUUCGUCGGGGACUUCUACCAGUUGCCGGGUGUCGACCCCACCAGCGCAUUGGACUCCCCGCAUUGGCACAGCGUCCUCAUCAAGAAGCGGCAGCUCCACACGAUGCAGCGAUGCAAGUGUCCGAAACUGCGGAAGGCCCUAGAACUCCUGCGUAUCGGCAAGCCCUCUGUGGAGCAGCUGCGCCAGAUCAAAGCCGGCCACAAAGCUCCUUCCUUGCGCAGAGCCGGGUACGUCAUGAAUGCAGAGCCAUCGAUGGAGGACGUGGCCCACAUUCUCGAGGAGACUCCGAACACGCUAUUCUUGACAAUCAGUCGCCGCGCCUGCGCGCAACUGAAUGAUGCCGCCGUGGCCGCGCUCUUCCGCGAGGACACUCCCUUGGCGGUCGUGCCGGGCGACCCGGAGAGCAACGUGGAGAACUUCGCUCGCGGCCGGAUGGUGACACAGACGCCCGUGGAGGUGCCCAUUUAUGCAGGCUCGCGAGUCAUUCUCACCAAGAACUUGAACAAGUCCGUCGGGUUCGUCAACGGCAUGGGCGCAGUGGUGCUGGGCAUGGACCACGGCAACAUCAUCGUGAAGACGGACCAAGGAGUCAGGCUGGCCGUGCAUCCUUGGACCUCCGAGGACCGCGUGCAUCAUUACCCACUGCGGCUUGGCUAUGCAAGCACCUUGCACAAAGUGCAGGGCACGACCCUCCCGCACAUCACCCUCUGGCUGGAUGUGCCCAACAUGCCCGCCGCGGCCUAUGUCGCACUCAGCCGCGUCGAGUACGACGCGAACUGGCGCUACGUGGGCAACCCCGGCAUCCAUCACUUCUCGCCAGCACGCCUUCACUGA